GUUACCGGAAGUGAUGGAUCCAUGCAGUUCCGGCGGGGAUCGGGGAUGUUGAAGCGGUAAUAUUAAACUGGCAGACAUUAGGAGUAGCCGACAGCGAGAGAGACCGCCUGAGGUAACAGGAGAGACAGCGAGAGAGACCGCCUGAGAUGUCAUGUCUAAGAUAUCACCGUGCUCCAAGAGGUCAAUCCAUUGUGAAACCCAGAAAGAAGACCCAUGUAAAAAAGGAAUGGGAUAAUUCAGUUCAAGAUCUUAACAUCCAUAGACCAACCCCUGAAGAGCUGGUCCAACGGCACGAAAUCCACAAAUCAAAAAACCAAUGGCUUGCCCACUGGGAACUUCAAAAGAAAUCCCUGAAGAAACCAAGCAAGAAACAGAAUCGAGAAACCCCUGAACGCUGGGCAGAGAGGCGAUAUGAUAUCAUGAGGAAGAUCCUCCAGGAUGAGUAUAAUAUCAAGGAUGUGUUGGAGGAUUCAGACAGAACACUGGCUGUUGUGAAGGAUUUAUUUGGAGAUGCUCCGCGUAGACGUGCAGGAGAUCCUAACGUGACACUGGCACCAUCCUGUGACCUGGAGUCCUCCCAAGGCCCUAUUGUUUGGAGGAAGGAUCCACCCACACGUCUUUCCAUCCUGAGUCAGUCUAUCAUGGAUUCACAGGCUCUGAAUGAAAUGGAGCAGUCAUUUAGCCAUUCAGAGCAGAGUGAAGAUGGGCAGGAAGCCUCUGUAAAUUAUCAAUCCAAGCUGCACAUAAAGAGGGAUCCAAAGGUAUUGAAUGGAGAGCCGGCAAUGACCAAAGAUCUGCUGUGGGGCAAGAAAAGGCUGGUGGAAGGAGAAUUUGUAACACCGUGUAAAGCAGGUGACCCCCUUCCGCACGGUCAGAGAGCAUUGAAUGCUACCACAGCUGUGAAGAAGGUGAAGUCACGGCUUGCAGUGGAAGAACCACAAGAGCAGAAUGAAUCUGGUUCCAUGUUUGGCCAUGUUCUCAAUACACAGCAGGACACGGACAAGAGAUGCCACGUCAGAGGAAAGAAAAAGCACUCUGCUGCCACAGAGUUGUCCAGCUGCAAUACAUCCAGCCUGGACAUCCUAAACCAAAUGACACGGGACGUGGAGCUGAAACUGGAAGAGUAUGAAAAACAGACAGGACGUGAUGUGACACCUGUUCCAAAAGCCCAAGGACUUACAGGGUUCACAUUUUCACUUGUGAACUCUGUAAGACGAUUGGUGUUUUACUUAAAGGAGAGUGACCGACAGCUGCAGCAGGAGGUCCAAGAACGGCAAUGUUUGCAACGUGAGCUGGAGGACCAGCGGAUAUUGAUCGAUGCCUUAACAGCUGACGUUAUUUCAAUAAAGAAAGGAAUUCUGUCUGAUCACUCAGAAAUGCAAGAGAAUCUCUUUACUCUCAAAGACCCAUUUGGAAAUAUCCCUGUGACUGACCCAAGACCAGCUUCCCAUCUAAUCCGUUCAGAGCCUGUAGAAGAAAACAACUUGCUGGCUGCCCCUAGUAUUCCCGCAGUAGACACAAUUGGGGAAUUGCCAAAACACAACACAACCAUUGCCUACCAAUCAUUGCUUCAAACGAAAAAUCCUAGGGAAGGAUCUGCCAUUCCAUCACAUGUUUUCCAACAAGCUGUCAUGCUAUCACCUCCCCGACAGCAGUCACGGGGGCAAUUCAGGGUUCACCCAUCAGAGAAAACCGUUGUGCAGAGAAACACAGUAUCUGGAACCAAUCCCAAUCAAGACCUUCCUGAAUUCAAACACUUUCCAUUAACUGCAGAUCAUGUGAGUCCUCCAAGAGCAGUUACCAGAGUAUGGACAGAAUCGCAGGACCGUGACCGAUUGGUCAGUGUUGCAACUUCCCAGGAAGUAUCUCAAACAGACCAUCCUGCCAAAGAGCCACAGAACAGGAAUUUAAUAACCGAUGAGGAAAGCAACAGAUCCUGCACAGAGCUUUCUGACCUCUUGGGACGUAUGGCUGAACUGACACAGGAGAACUCUGCUCUGAAAUCUCAUCUCAAACAGGUUACCAAACCCACGGGCAAACACGAUUCUCCUGUGGGUCAAACCAAAACGGCUAGUCCUCUAGGUCCUGAUACAGGCAGUGGAACAAAGGCCGGCGUGCCCGGAGCUGUUCACACUAGUCUGGAGAGCAGGAUUGCUGAGCUGAACCGACAGAGUGCAGAGGCGAGAGAAAAGCUCCUACAACUCAUUGACCAACAGAAGCAAGCCUCCAUAUUAUCACCAGAAAUUUCACCAAUCCCUCCACAGCCUAGCACAGGAAGGAGAUUAGAGGUGUCAAUCCCUAUGCCUUGUCUGAACGAUUCCUCCCUGGAAGAGACUCCUUCUCCAGCCAGCAGAGGCAGCAGCAGAAGCUUACCAAACAGGUCAGGAUCUUCUUCACAAAGCUCAGGGGCAGGGAAACCUCAGAUUGCUGGGCACUGGUCCAAGGCUGGACGAGAGAAGGGCGAGGGAUGGUUUGCGCUGACUGCACAUGUCUGCUAAUAUCUGAGAUUUUCUGGGUCCACCCACUGCGUGCCAAGGAAAUCCCUUGUAUAUAACUAUUUAAUUCAA